CAAACACAACAUGGCAGCUGCUGCUGAAGUAAUUCAGAGACCGGGCGUGCCAAUUGUGUUCUUGCAGAGAUAGACCCCAUUCGGUUGAACAUAGCCCCCAAACUGCUCUAGUGGAAGUGGCAUUGAGUCUGUCGCGCUACACAGGUCUCAUAGGCAGCAAAGCAAUCCCUUAAACACUUCCGGGUUUUUCACACUGAGGCAAAAUGUCCCAGGCUCCCGCCACCGCCGCAAGCAAGGCUGUCUAUGCGCCUAGCGAGUACUUUAAAUAUGGCGAGGGAGCUUCCAAGCACUUUGGCUUCGCGAAGCACGUCGCUAUUGCCAUGACCGUCGGCCUGGGUCUCAGCUUCGCCUGGAAGACGUGGCACUGGAACGAGAAGCGGUACAUCGCCCAGUACUACGCUGACAUGGCUCGCCGUGAGGCGCGCGAGGACGCGGCCCGCAAGUCGGCGCUGGCUGACAAGUACAAGCAGCUGGAGGAGGAGCUGCUGUCCUAAGCAGCGGGACGUUACCGGUGACGCGGGCGCGGGGUGCGGGUGCUGCGAAGCCAGCGUGCUGGUGCGGUAUGUGCUCUGUGUGCGUGGGAACGGCUCAGGAAGCUGUCCCAGCAUGCCCAUAUGCUGGGUGUGGCAUUCAAUUGUCUGGGCUGCAUCUUCUGUCACUGCUUGAUGGCGGUCGCGUACCCUAAUAGCUUGACAACAUCAGACUCACUGGCUGCAGCCGUGGCAGGGUGGAUGCGGCACAAGUGGCGCCGAGAGGCGGGCGGUACGAGCGCGCUGCCAGUGGAUAGGUAGAUCGGUAGGAUUGCGUUAUCUCGGUAGUUCAGGUAUAUUGAUCCAGUGUGAGAUCCCAUGCGAGGAGAUCACCGCGUAGGUUUCUGAGUCGCUGGUGGGUCCUGUAGCUGGACGCUUUGGGAACGUUCUGAACGAUUCCUGACUUGGCCCGGGAGUUGCUCACUGCCUGGGGCGUGUAAUAUUAAUGGGGCGCUUAUGAAAGGAGUGCGGAUUGUUGAGGUGUACAGUUGCAGCUGGAAGCUGGAGUACUGUGUUGCGAUGGUGACCGGACGGCGCACGCAGGGCCAGCGCACGAGAUAGGUGCAUGGGCAGCGCACAAACAGCAAGCCCAUACCGUAUACACGAUCACGCCAUCGCCAUUGCUCAACGUCACCAUAGCCGUCAAAUAUUAGUGGUUGUCGGUCAUCAAUUCAAAGUAGUCAAGGGAUGCAAUCUGCUGCAAGUUGGGAACAACUGCUAAUACUAAUUCGCAGGAA